AUGAAUAACGUAUCUCCGAUUAAUAUUCAAAUGUGUUGUCGGCAAACGUAUGAUCGAUCAACAUCAGCACAUACAUCUCGAAAGGAAUCUCAUCGACAUUAUGCAUCUUUGUCAACAAUAAGAAAUAAGAUAAAACAAUCUACACCUACAAAUAUAAUAUCAAAUAUAGAAAACAAAUUAGGUACAAAUACAAAAGAUAACAUAAAAGCAGAGAAAAAUCGAGAUUAUUUAAUUACAUCAAAUACACUGAAAUAUCAUUCAACACCAACAAAUUCUGCCAGUACAUCAGAUAUUUAUAUUAAAUUAUCAGAUUGUCAAAAUGCGUGCAGACGUUGGGCUAUGAAACAUAAGAAAAAGAAGCAAACAAAAAAAUAUUCACAUCGAAAAAGAAAACUACCUAUUUGUUAUCGUAAUUUUCCAUUGUCUUUCAACGCUCAAUCCAAAUCUGCUGUUCAAGUAAAGAUUCAAAAAAUCUCUUGCAAAAAUAGUCUCAGUGAUGACAUAGUUCAUAAAUCAUUGAUUUGUUUUGGUACUGGAACUAUUAAUUUCAUUGAUGGACCAGAUGGACCUAUACUCUGUUUGAAUCAAGAAGAUUCAACAAAUGAUAAACAGAUUGAUUUAUAUCGGCAUAUAUCAAACGAUGAAAUAGAUUACAGUAGUGAAGAUGAUGAAUCAUGUUUAGAUAGUGAUUCUAAAUUAACUUCAAGUCUAUCUGUAAUAUCAUCGUAUAUAUUCGACACAGAAAAGAUUUAUAAUACCAAUAUUGAACCGGAAGUUUUACUAUUAAAUGAAAUUGAUACUUGUAUAAUGUAUCAAUGUCCUUCAGAAGUAACAAUACUAUUAAAUAUAGGAUCAGCAUGUAUUCUUACAAUAAUCAAUAGCUUAUCAAGAAUACAAACAGCGAGUUUACCAUUAAUAAUUACAGAAUUAGAUAAUAUAAAUCUAUGGCAAUAUAAAACUUUGUUGAAUAUAAGCAUUACUACUAAUAUCAAAACUGAAACAGAAAAUUCAAAAUCUAUUCUUAAUGAUAUAGUUAUAAAACAAUCAGACCGAAAUUCAUAUAGUGAAAAUAAAAAUACUGAUUCUUCAAAUGAUAAAUUCCCUAAGUUACUAUCAUUCACAAAUCAACAACUACUAGAAGAUGAUCCAACUAAAAUCUUUCAUCCUAUACAACACGAUAGUGAACAUUGGAAUGAAGUUGAUUCUUUGAAAGCAACAGCCAACGAAGCAAUUCUUUAUUCGGAUCAUCAAUCUAUAUCUGAAAAUAAAGGUACGAACAUAUUUGUUAAUUUAUUUAUCUUAUGUACAAUUAUUCUAUCUUCAAUGAAAGAAACUCAAUUUUUGGGAAGUUUCGAAGAACUUUCUAUAGAAACUAAACAAUCAUCCGAUAAAAUUUCAUCAUUACUAACAGAACUAGAAAGUGGUACCAAUCAUCUUGUCGGUAAUCAACGAUCUACAACUACUAUCGAAGAACAGCAAAUAUUCGAUGAAUCAUUCAUAGCAACACCUACAUGUGUUCAACUCCAUCAUUCAUUCGAACAAAUUAUCAAUAUAAAUUCUGAUCGACUCCUAUCAACAUCUUCUCUUUCAUAUGAUAAAAACUCAACUUUUUCUAAACAUCACAUGUUACAAAAUUCUGAUAAUGAUCAAGAAGGUAAAACGGAUGUUGCUCAUCAAAAUGAUUUAAAAAUAAAUGAUAAUACAUAUCAGGUUAACAGUGAGUUUUUAAUAUCAUUCGUAAUUAACUCUAAUUUCUUCUUUGAUGUUUCAAGAUAUCAACCAUGAAGAAAAAAUAUCUCUUUCUAAAACACAAUCAUCCAAUGUGAAAUAUCCACCAUUGAUGUCAAUAUCUCAUUUAAAAAGAAAAACCCUGCCUGGUAUUUUUAGAAUAAAAUUAAGACAAAUAAAUAUACAAUAUUUUGUAGAGAAUAUAGAUGUACAUUCAUUACAAGACUCAUCUGAGACAAUGUCUGGUGAACUAAAUACUACAGUUCAAUAUUCGAACGAAAAAAAACAAUCGAAUGAGAAGCUUAAA